AUGCAGUUGGCAAGGUACGCCUUGAUAGGGGCUGCUACGACGACGAUCGAUGUCGGUGCAACUCACCUGAAUGGUGCGGCGCCUCAACUCAAGAUCCCUGCCAUUUGGCGAUCACCGCUUUUCAGAUCAGGCAAUCCUGCCUCCCACCAUACUCCCGCAACUGCCAAAUCAAUCCCCUCUGGCCUUCAAGAAAACUUUCAGAUCCACGAACCAGCUCCCAUCCUCACCACCGCAGCCGCCACUUGCUCUGUCAUCCUGGUCGAUCGGUCUUUCGGCAACAGUUAUGGGUCGCCAUCGUACUUCUCCUUCGAUCCGAUUUCUUUCUCGGGUACGCAAUGUUCCGAUCCCACACAAUGGACUGGAUUGACGCUGGACAUCCAUGGCGAAACCAGGGGACGACAGUUCGAUCGUCUCGGUACGGUUUGGAUCGGCAACAACAGGACGGGUCAAGGUGUGGAGGUGAUGCGGCUGGACAACCCUGAGCCGACACGAACGGGUGUGUACUGGGAUAUCAAAAAGGAUGUGGCCAAGUACUGGAGUCUGUUCAGUCAGAAGGCGGACGUGGUGUUCGAUCUGCCGAACAUCGUCGAUUCGACGUAUACAGGCGCGUUGAACGUCACGUUGAAGCUGAGCGCUUCUGUCGACGGCGUGGUGAGCCGUAGACGGAAGCGUCGUGGACAUGCGGUACAGACAGCUUUGCCGUUGAAGCAGCGUGCGGCAGACGUGGUGAUUCCGCUGUCGAAACGCCUGCAAAAGCAAAGCUCGAUUUUUCAGAUUGGCGGAACAGCUGGUAACGGUAGCACGUCGAUCGACAUUCCUCAAAACGCGGCCAGAGCCAUUGUCGAAAUCUACGCCAGCGGUACAGCAAGCGAAGAGUUCUGGUACACCGGCAUCCCGGACCAGUUCCACCAUCAAAUCCCCAAAGCAGCAGACAACGGAUACUACGGCUACGGAACCUAUCGAGAAGUGCAACUGUACAUCGACGGACAAUUUGCCGGAUUCGCCACUCCGUAUCCGAUCAUCUACAGGCGCAUCGAGCACCUCUUCGAGUUGGCGGUGGUAAGUGGUGAGAAGGGUGGAGCGAUCAAUGACGCAAGUUGGCUUGUGAGUGGUAACGUUCAGGUAUAUUUAGAUGAAAGUACCAAGAGGACCGAGGGUAAGGUGAUCAGGGUGGAUAGAGGGGCGGAGUAUGUGAAUGGAUACACAAAGGGCAGGUUGAAAGGUGAUCCCCUGACCAAUGGUUCUUUGGCGUACGAGGUCGGGUUGAGGGGAACAAGGAGUUUCAGUGUGGCAGGAAGUAUCAAGACGGGUUCAGGGUUGGAGUACGUGGCUGGAUGGUCUCAGUCAGCAGAGUAUGCGAACAAAGGGUUUGUAAAUGUUACGGCUCAGACAAACGACCAAAAAAGCUACGGGUGGACAAGAUCUCUGGUCCUUGACGCGAACAGAGUCGAUAAGGUGAUGGGUGGAGGGUUGUCAUUGGACGAUGUGCAGACGCUGGCCGAUGCACAAGGUGUUGAAGCGGUGCAGUUGGAUUUCAACUAUCCGCUCUACGCAGCGUCGUACCUGAGGAAGACAAACUUUGAUGUCCAAGUGACGCAGCAGUAUGAUCGCACCGUUCGAAGCGCUUCGUCUAACGCCAAGGGGAGCGAUCUCAGUAAGAUGCUGGGGGACGAAACGACGUUUGUUCAUGCAAAGCCGGUUGCGGCGCUGCAGCAUGCGACGCUGUCUAGUAGGAAGGAGCAGGCAGACUCGGUUCUGGUCGACGGCGCGAUUGCGCACGGUACGGGAACAUCGUAUCAGUCUUUCAUGUAUCGGGACAUGGCGGGUGGAACGAUCGAUAGGAGAACGAGGACGAACACGACUAGCGUGGUCGAGGAUAGCUUGGCUGGCAGUAUCAAGGGUAGAGCUCAGCCCAAGCAGUUGGCUGUCGUGUAA